AUGAGCUCAAGGAUUGAUGGACAAACUGUGUGCACAAGUACGAUAAAGCCACUGGGAAGAUGUUCACUUGGCGGCAGCGUGAUGUGGACUGUGAAUGAGUUUCCCGCAUAUGCAAUGGUUUCUGGUGGAGCACAAAGGGUUAUGGCAUGCCCUGUAUGCAAGGAGUUAUCUUGGUCAUCGAGAUGGUUGCCAUGGACCAUGAGUGGUGGGAAAAUGAUAAAAAUUUGA